CAGGCUGCACAGCUCCACAUCCGGAGGCUCCACGAGGCUCCUCAGAGCUUCACCGCGUCCUUGAACAGCAUCGGGCAACCCAGUCCUACACGCUCCCCAUAUCUCAGCAUGAGGGGGUACAGGGGAGGCAGCCAGUUCAGGAUGACAUUGCUCGAUUACCUCUUCUUGUCCCUCGCACCAUCGGCGUCCUCCUUCGUCCUGCCCUCUGUCCUCUCCCCCACCAGACAUCACAUGCUCCUGCAGGCGGGAGCAGGUCGCCCGAGGGCAGGGACGGGAGAUUGCGGCGACCUGAAGAGGUUGGAGAAGUUCGGCGAGUUGACAGUCUGCCGUCCUUGUCCUUCUGCCAUCUGGCAGCCUCGCAAGGGAGACUUGUGGAAGAGCAUCGACCUUGAGUUUUCGACCAGGAGUGCAGACGCGAGCAAACGAGGAUCGUGGGAAGGGAUGGAGCAGGUUCCUGCGGACUGGUCCAUCUCUUUCGAGGAGGUUGACAUCAGGUUUUCUCUCGCUCCUUCCGAUCAGGGCCAGAUCGGGAUCUUUCCUGAGCAAAAGAGCAACUGGAAGUGGAUCAGGGAGACGAUGAGGAGAAGGGGGUCACACGAUGAG